UCUUUCAUUUCCUCAGUCGGUCACUUUGUUAGUGCCUCUUCACACCUGUUGAAUAUAUUUUUCACGAUACCACGGACGAAUUGAAAAUAGAAACGAAGCGUCAAGCAAUUAAAAGCCAUACUAUUUUCAACAACUUACAUUUUAUUUAGAUGAUUUGCGAUGGCACUUUUGCUGGAUCAGCAGUUUGCGCCGAUGCCUGACAACAACGAGAUCGCGACGAAAACAUUUCUGGAGUCAGUUUCUCAUCUGCCACCUUUUUUCGAUUGCCUUGGUUCCAAGGUUUUUGCACCGAUUAAGGCUGACAUAAAUGGAAACAUCACAAAAAUUAAAGCUGUCUAUGACUCAGAUCCAGUGAAGUAUGAGACUCUUCAGCAGAUUCUGCUAAUCGAGAAAAGCAUCUAUGGCUCCGAGUGGCCUAAAGUCGGAGCCACGCUGGCGCUUAUGUGGUUAAAGAGAGGCCUGCGGUUCAUUCAGAUUUUACUGCAAAGUCUAGCGGAUGGGGAAAGAGAUGAGGACAAUCCCAAUCUUAUUCGCAUCAAUAUCACUAAAGCCUAUGACCAAGCCCUCAAGAGGUACCACGGCUGGAUAGUCCAGAAGGUUUUCAAGGCUGCGUUAUUUGCUGCACCAUGCCGGUCAGAUUUUCUUAAAGCUUUAACCAAGGAUCAAGAAGUUGCAGAGGAGGAUUGCUUAGAAAAAAUUCAUCAGUUCUUAAUAAACUUCACUGCAACUGUAGAUGCCAUUUAUGAAAUGUAUUCCAUAAUGAAUGCUGAACUGGACUACUUAGUUUGAAACAUACAAAAGGUCCGUUUCUAAAGCAAUCUUUAAUGCUGCACAGUUCAUACACAGUAUGACUCACUUAAAACUGUGAGGUCACAGACUCGAUGACUGUCUAAGAGCUUUUGUCCUUGUUGCUGUAUGACAGUAGUUGUUUAUGCUUGUAUAAAUGCAGCAUUCAUUUUUGAUUGUUUGGUGUGGGUGAGGAUGUGCUGUUUCAUGAAGUGAUGAUGCUUUAUCUCCAUUGUUCAACAAAAUCAGCUUGUGUUGCCUGUAAUCUUAAAAUUAGAAACUGUAAGGUUUAUGUUUUGCUGAUAAGACCCAGUCGUGGUUCUUGAAUGCAAUAAUGCAUACUGUAUGAACAGCACCUUUCUUUAUUGUGUGCUCCCUUCCUUUCAGCUAAAUGCUAGAUUAAAUGAUUAGAUUAAAUCAGAUUAAAUGCGUGAUUAUUUUGUAAUUCACUUUUUGUGUUUUUAAUAAUUAAUUCAUCAUACAAACAUUUUAUCAUACAAUAG